GCAUACGGAAUAUAUAGGGAAGAAGGAAAAGCCAACUAAACGCUAUAUCACGAUAUGUGGAGACAUCGCAGAGCUUUGCGUUUUUUUUUACAUUUUGUGGUAAUGAAGCAUUCAACAUCUAAAUGUUUCUUUAGUGUAAAUUUGCCGGUCUUGUUUGUAAGUUAGGUUAUUGUUAUGAUGCCCGACUGAAUUUAUACGUUCGUCGUAAAAUGUGUAUAUAUUCGUCAUAAAGUGAAUUGAUCGCGCGCGAAAAAUUUACCACCUUCUAAUGAAUGGUCGUAUGUGUUUAUUAAAAAAAGGGAGAGAAAGGUUCUUUGAUGGAAGCUUAUUUUGAACAAUUAUUUAGUCAAUUAACUUGCCUUUUGUGCGGAAUAAUAUGAACGUUCCGUUUGAUUUUAAACUGAAAACAAUUUAAUUAAAAUCUUUUAAAGGAAAGUUUGCGGUAAUGUACGUUAUUAUGUAUUGAUCAAAGUUAAGCUGCUUUUAAAGUUAUAUAUUUGAUGUGUGCAACUGACAAUAGUUCAUCAUCGACGAAACUCAGGAAACUUUGGUUUAUAUUGUUAAUAAAGUGAAAGGAAACAUCUUAACUUUUCGAUAAUAAAAACAACGUCAGAGGUAUUCAGAGAAUACUUUCUUUGGUAUUUCAAUUAGUCGGGGAAUAGGGCAUUUAAUGAAUGUGCAGUCAUAUGGAAAAGAAUGCAUCAUGACCAAGUACAUUUCGGUGUUAGUUAUGUGGUUACAAUGUCUACUAUUUGUCACAGAUGCUGAUUCCUACUUGGGUAGCUCAGCGCCAUAUUUCGAUAAAACAGCCUCGCCGAACGUUACCAUCAUCAUAGACAAUACAGCUGAAUUAAACUGUAGAAUUUCGAAUUUAGGAGACCGAACCGUUGUCUGGGUUCGACACAGAGACAUCCACCUGCUUACCGUCAACCAACUGACUUACACAUCAGAUGAAAGAUUUAGCAGCAUACACAAUCCAGAUACAGAUGUUUGGUCGUUACAGAUAAAAAAUGUACGAACGAGUGAUAGCGGAAUCUAUGAAUGUCAAGUGGGGACAACUCCAGCCGUGGGAAUUCCAAUAUAUUUGACGGUUGUAGAACCGAUAACAACCGUUCUGGGUGGACCUGAUCUAUAUAUACACGAACAUUCAACAAUAAAUCUCACAUGCAUUGUGCGAAAUUUACCAAUGCCUCCCAGCUACGUUAUAUGGACACACAAUAAUGAGGAAGUUAACUUUGAUUCACCGAGAGGCGGCGUUUCUGUUAUAACGGAGAAGGGCGAUAUAACCACCUCGUAUUUGUACAUACAACGAGCCAAGCAUUCGGACAUUGGUGAAUACAAAUGUAGUCCAUCCAAUGCAAACAAUGUAACCGUUAAGGUGCACAUACUCAAAGGAGAACAGUCGGCCGCAAUCCAUCAGAUUUCAAAUGGACAGCAGAGGAAAUAUCAUCGAAUUAAUAUUGCCAUAAUUUUGCUAUUCGUCUUAAUAUUUUAAGUGAACUUUAGAUUAUAAUCGGUAAGCCCCGCAUGUAAAGCCCGUCAA